GGCGCUUCCUGUGGCUGCGGCCCCCGCCGCCCCGGGCCGUGCCGGGCGGGACGAGGCCCGGGUUUGAUUGGCGUCCGCAGCGAGGUGUCUAGGCCGCCAGGAUGCCAGGGCCAAGACGUCAGAAGGCCAGUGGCCAGGGGGUGGCAGCUGCCAAGCAGCUGGGGCUCUUUGUGGAGUUCAGCCCGGAGGACAUGCUGCUGGGGAUUGAGGAGACCGAAGGGGAUGAAGCGGACUCGGAUCUGGAGGCUGAGCUGCUUGCCCUCACCGGGGAAGCAGAGACCACAGACAGGAAGCAAGCACCCACGAGGCAGACCCCCCUGCCCAUGGCCCACAUCGAGAAGUUGGCAGCAGACUGUAUGCGAGAUGUGGAAGAAGUGGAGGACGAAGAGGAUGGGCUGGAGGAGGAUGCAGACCUGCUGACUGAGCUGCAGGAGGUCCUGGGUGCAGAUGAAGAGGUGGGGCCGGGGGAUGGUGAGGAGGCAGGCAGUCCAGGCCUUGCCCCCGAAGAGGAACAAGAAAGCCUCGCCCCUCCAGCGCAGGCCGCCCUGACAGCUGCUGCUCCUGAGCUUCAGGCCGGAGAGCCUCAGGGGCUGCAGGCUAUGCUGGAGGAGCGGAUCCGCAACUACCGGGAAGCAGCGGCCAGUGCCAAGGAGGCCGGGGAAGCGGCCAAGGCCAGGCGCUGCGAGCGAGGCCUGAAGACUCUGGAGUCCCAGCUGGCCGCUGUGAGGAGAGGCAGGAAGAUCAAUGAGGAGGAGAUUCCACCUCCAGUGGCCUUAGGCAAGAGGCCUCUGGCUCCAUUGGAAACUGCCCACAGGACCUCGGAGACAGAACCCCCUGCUCCUACCACCACGGAGCCAGAUGACCCCUCCCACCCCGAGACGAGCCUCUUGGACAACCGCAGCACUUCCAACACACUGGCACCGGAUUCAGAGCCUGACCCCCGCAAUCUGCUGAUGACCCGACAGAGAGAGUACAAAGUGGCCGCCCUCAGUGCCAAGCGGGCUGGAGAUCUGGAGCGGGCCCGGGAGCUCAUGAGGAUUGGGAAGAGAUUUGGUGCUGUCCUGGAGGCCCUGGAGAAGGGGCAGCCCGUGGACCUGAGUGCCAUGCCCCCCGCCCCUGAGGACCUGAAAGCUCUCUCACAGACUUCAAAGGCCCCCAGGGAGCCCCCUUUCGGAUCUCCAGUGGUGGAACAAGUGCAGCCAGUGAUGGCUCCCAACAUCCCAGCAACUCCAGCAGCUCCUUCAGAGCCACAGACAGUGUUGGACGCCCUGCAGCAGAGGCUGAACAAGUAUCGGGAGGCCAGCGUCCAGGCCCGGGCCAGUGGGGAUGAACGGAAGGCCCGGAUGCAUGAGCGCAUUGCCAAGCAAUAUCAAGAUGCCAUUCGACUACACCGAGCAGGACGAAAGGUGGAUUUUGCUGAGCUGCCUGUUCCUCCAGGGUUUCCCCCCAUCCCUGGCCUGCAGCCCACUGUGGGCACAGAGGAGGAUGCAAUGGCAGCAACGCUGGCAGCUGCGCAGAAACUGGCCUCUUCAGAUGACACAGCCCUGGCAGAUGAAGACGAGGAUGAGGACGAGAGUGAGACCCCAGCCCAGGCUCCAGUGGCCAAGAAGCCAGCGCAGCCUCUCCCCCCCUCAUCGCGGCCCCUGGCUGGACCCAAGGCCUCAAGUUCCAAGGAGUCCCUGAGUCCGUCUGUGCGGGAACAGCUGGCACUGCUGGAGGCACGAAAACUGCAGUAUCAGCGGGCAGCUCUGCAAGCCAAGCGUAGACAGGAUCUGGAGCAGGCCAAGGCCCACCUGCGGGUGGCCAAGUGUCUAGACGCUCAGAUCAUCCAGGCCCGAGCUGGCCGGCCUGUUGACCUGUCCCAGGUGCCUUCACCCUUGACAGAUGAGGAGGGUGACUUCAUCCUCAUCCACCAUGAGGAGCUGCGACUCUCCCAGAAGGCCGAGGAGGUGUACGCCCAGCUACAGAAGAUACUUCUGGAGCAGCAUGAGAAGUGCCUGCUGUUUUCCAAGCAGUUCAUGCACCAGGGCAAUGUGGCCGAGACCACCCGGUUUGAGAAGCUCGCUCAGGACCGCAAGAGACAGCUGGAGAUGCUGCAGCUGGCCCAGGCCCAGGGCCUUGACCCUCCCAGCCACCACUUUGAGCUGAAGACAUUCCAGACUGUGAGGAUCUUCUCAGAGCUCAGCAGCACAGAAAUGCACCUGAUCAUUGUUCGGGGAAUGAACCUCCCGGCUCCACCAGGGGUGACCCCUGAUGACCUGGAUGCUUUUGUGCGUUUUGAGUUUCACUACCCUAACUCGGAUCAGGCCCAAAAAAGCAAAACAGCUGUGGUGAAGAACACAAAUUCUCCAGAAUUUGAUCAGCUCUUCAAAUUAAACAUCAACCGAAACCACCGGGGCUUCAGGAGGGUGAUCCAAAGCAAAGGGAUCAAGUUUGAGAUUUUCCACAAAGGGUCCUUCUUCAGAAGUGACAAGCUGGUUGGCACAGCACAUCUGAAACUGGAGCGGCUGGAGACCGAGUGUGAGAUCAGAGAGAUUGUGGAGGUGCUGGAUGGCCGGAAGCCCACAGGGGGCAAGCUGGAGGUGAAGGCGAGGCUGCGGGAGCCUCUGAGCGGCCAGGACGUGCAGGUGGUCACCGAGAACUGGCUGAUCCUAGAGCCACGAGGCUUGUGAGGUGGGCAGCUCUGAGCUCUCCGCACUCUGCCCCCUGCCGCUGCCUCAGCCUGUGUGGAAAGCCCAGGAAUCCUCAUGCACGCCUAAGACCUACAGGCAGAACUGGCGGGCAGGGCCGUGGGCUGGGUUUUUUAGGUUCCCCUUAUUGCGGGGGUAGGAAAGGUGUUCCCCCCCCCCCCACCCCCAGGUUUUUCUUCAGGAAAUGCUCUGAAAUCCACAGUUCCCCCAUGGGUCAGCCUAACAACCAUGCUUCGUGCCCCUUUGUGGCAGGUGGUCAGCACCGGGGAGUGGUCAGGCAGUGACUGUGCAGGUGCUGCUAGCUAAAGGCCUCUGCACGAGAUGCUGCUGAGCAUCACUGACCGGCCCUGGCUUCUUGUUGCUGGCGCAGACAUACGCUGGCUUCCAGGAGGACUGCAGUCCCCAUCCCCUUGCGUCUUGCUCCCCCCAGUCUGGGCUAAGCAAGGAUACCCUCAGUGCUCUGUGCCAGAGACCUCAGCUCCUAACCCUGCACAGCAACUGUGUGUAGCUUGCCCUAGCCCCAGUGGCUUCAUUUCUGGAUGUGCCUUUAAAUGCUGUAACUGUGAGGGAUGGGAGAACUCGAGAGUGACCAGGAACCUCCUCUGCUUAGUGUGGGGACAGUAACCUGUGACUCCAGGCAGUGCCAGCCUGUCACCUCAACUUGGUUCACCCAGCUCUCUGCCUGUGCCUUGGUUUCUAACAGCUGCUGUACUAGCCUUCCUGCUUCCCAGUGAACUUUAGUAAACAAAACCUUUCGGUACUACUUGGUGGGAAGUAAGGGGAAGGCUGUAUCUUGGGUUGGUUUUCUUGCACUUAAGAUAAGACUGUUCCUGGGUAAAGGGGGAAGGAAAAAAAAAAAAUAUAUAUAUAUAUAUAU